UGCGGCUCUCAGCGUGACGGAGCUGAACUGCUUCAGACAGACCUAACGGUACCGGCUCGCUCUCUAACCGCUCUCUGCUCAGCCUCCUCCGGGUGCUUGUGUGUGUGUGUAUGCGGACUGGGGUCAUGGCUUCUCGCCCUCUGUGGACUGUGAGCCUGCUGCUGCUGGCGCUGCUGCUGCCGCUGCAAGUCCUGUCUCAGGAUCUCUUUGACCUGGCUGAUGCUCUGGAUGACAGUAAACCAACGACUCCUGCACCACGUCCACCUGUACCCGCAGGAGGAGCAGAUCUUGAUUUCGAUGAUUUAUCUAAAGUCAGCGGCACCACCACCACCACCACCAAAGCCCCACCCAAGGUCACACCUAAGAUCCCCGCAGUUACCAAGGCCCCAGUCAAGCCCAAACCCAAACCAGCUGAUGAUGACUUUGACCUGGCCGAUGCUCUGGACCCCAAGAAUGACAUCGGUGGCAAAGACAAGAACAAGGGUCAGGGAGGUACGUUCUCUGACAGUGACCUGAUUGAUGUCGGGAAAGACGACACCUACAAACCCGACAAAGGCAAAGGUGGAGCUGCAGGUGGAGGCAGUGACCACAUCGACCAGUAUGAUGACCCUAACAGUGAGACCACAGCAGAGGUGGGCACCAUUGCAGGGAUUGUCAGUGCGGUUGCCAUGGCGCUGGUGGGUGCCAUCAGCAGCUACAUCUCCUACCAGAAGAAGAAGUUGUGCUUCGGUCUGCAGCAGAGUCUGAACACUGACAUGGUGAAGGCUGAAAACCCUGAAGCUGUGGUGGCUACAGAACCACAAGUCCAACAGACUCUGCUGGAGCCACCCAACGCUGAGCCCCCCACUGAGGAGAACGCUGUGUAACACACACACACAAACAUGUCCGACCCCCACCACACCCCCCUGCACACACACACACAGACAUACAUACACACACACACACUCACACACACACACAUGGCCAUGCUGCAGUCUAUUGUGUAGCAUGUCCUCAUUGAUCCUGUGGCUCUGUGCUGGGAUUUGUAGUCCUUCUACACCGAAUGUGAACAUGAUUUUUUACUCUGCUGUGAACAGUGAACAGAACCUUUCUACAUGUGUGUGAUGGUAGUAAUGUAUUGUUUAGUCUCUAUUGGUUUACAGUGUGUGACACAGUCAGGUGACAACAACUGGAAACACAACAACCUGUUCAUGUUGUUAUGUGAUGGAGAAACAGUCUGUGGGUGUGUGUCACAGCUGCUCUGACUCACAGGGGUCACAGCGGGUCUCUGACAGUGAACUGGAUUAUGGUCCAGUUGGAGAGCAUUGUGGGAAAUUCUUAGCAAGUUCACCUCCUGUGAACCAGAGACGCUGCGACACACACACCUGCUAUUUCUAAUUGUUUUUCUUUUGUUAGAUGAAUGAAGGUUGUGACUCAUCAUCAGGAACGUGUCACUUCCUGUUGACACAGCUGAUUAUCUGUCAUCAAUAUCCCUUUAUUGAUCGUAUCUGAACUGGAUCAAUAUGGUACUCGGAGUCAGUCUCCAACAUUUAACAGUCGUCCCAGGUUUCUGUGCCAACACGUGUAGCAACUGAUAAAGAUAAUGUCGACACACAUUAUCACAGCAGCCUGUUAUUAUCACGUUAGACUAUGAGCCAAGCAUGUACUCAUAGAACUGAGGUUACAACACGUAACCACCAUACUAACACUUAUUCCUAUGACAUGUAAUAUUUAUUAGAUUAAUGUGUUAUCACUAUAAUGAUGAUGUUUGUUCAGUGGAUGAUGAUGAUGAUGAAGAGUCACUGAUGUUUGACCACCUGGUAGAUGUAGUGCUUCUUACUGGGCGUCACUAUUGGCUUUAUAUACUAUAUGUUCAUAGACCUGGAGUCACGCAGGUCACCACUGUGUACGUCAUGUGACUGUUACAUCAUCACGUCGUCUCUCCUCAUGAACAAAGUUGCCUUAUUCAGAUUCAGACUUUUGGCAGUUUAAGGCAUCUCAACGUUUGUGUCUGCAGCUUUUUAUACUGUAAAUAUCCUGAUGUUUUUUCAACUUGGCCUUUAAAAGGAAGAGGUGAUGAUCCGACAGCUUCUUUAUACACUACUGAAGAAGUUAAAGAUCAGAACACCAAAUACAAAGGUCAAAUACAGAAUCGCCACAUUUAAUGUAGCAUAAAAAUGAUGUUAGUUCAGUUAGCUCUGCUGUAGCUUUAGCUUAAACAUGCACAGUGUCUUUUCUCUCUGGUCGAUAGAACAGGGUCUUCCUCUGUUGCAGGAGAAGAACAGGAGGGAAGUUUGGUUGAAGAUACAGCUGCUGCAGACGAGCUGAUGAUUGUUUGUACUGUGUUUUAUUGUGUUAGCAUUGAGAUGCUUGUGUGUGCACAACUGAGCUAAUCUCUAUCCCAAGGUGGCCGUCAUAACAUGUGGAUGCUAACCAGUAGCGCAGCAGAUAACUGCAUAUUUCAGGGAAAUCUUUCAAAUGUGGAUACAAGUACUAAACUUGGCACAAAUCCUCAACACGUUGGCCACUCCAAAAUUCAAGAUGGCCACCAUUUCUGGCAAGGAAGUUCAUCCACUAUUUUCUCAUAUGAGUAAUCUAGGUAUCAAAUCGUACAUUUUAACAGUGUUGAAGUUGAAUUCAGUACACUGUAAAAAUGAAAUGAAAGUAUAUUUCAGCAAAAAUAUUUUUUACAAAGAAAAAUUACUCACAAAAAAGCUUGCUAACACUAGUGCUAACACUAGCAAGUUAGCCUAGCGAGCUAAUGUUAAGACAAGUAAACAAGUACUGACUGUCGACUCUUACUAAACUUUUGGUUCUUCAUUCAUAACAAAUGGUUUGCAAAUACAUUGCGUUUUAUGCAGAAUUUUUUAGAAAAAACAGGAUUAAAAUUUAUAACAAAAUCAUUGAAAUCUGUCCCAUGGGUAUAAUUCUGUGGUAAUAUAUGUCUCCUAUGCCAGAAAUGAUGGUUAUCUUGAAAUUUUGAAAUUUCAAGUAGCUAAUGGGAUUUUUCAAAUGAAUUGCCCCACAGGGAGAAACAUACCAAUUUUGGUGUUUGUAGCACAUUUGACGGAUUAUUGCAGUUAUCUGCUGCACUACAGGGGCAGAGCAGGACAUUGUGAACAUUCAGGGCUUCGCUCAAACUUAAGGGGCCGAGGAUGAAAGCAUGUUUUUACAUCAAGCCCAAAGACUCUGCUAAUUAUCAGGUGACCUAUAGAUGGCGAUAUUUCCCCUGUAGGUAAAAGAGCUCCAGUGAUUCUGCUGGCUGGUGGAGUGAUACAGUGAGCAGGAACCCACAGAAACACACUGACGAACUUUAACCUGGUGACUCAUCAAUACCCAUCAAUAAAAUAUAUUGAUUUCAGUUUUUGAUCAGAAUCAGAAUGAUAAUAAUAGAUAAUAAUAUAUAAUAUUAAAGGUUUAUACAAUUUUUUUUACAAUCAUAUGACAAUCCUGGCACACAACAGUGGGAUAAUAACUGCCUCCUCUGUGAUGAUUUAUUAUAGAAAAUAUUUUGUAGAAAAAUGAGACAAUCCUGGUGAAGAUGAGUCUUCAGAUUCAUGUGUGUUACUGUGUCUCUAUCACAGUGCAGAGAUGCUGUGAUGAUCAGUCUGGAGGCCUGUGAUUGGCCACCGUGGGAUGAGAUGUAGAGGCGUGUAGAGGGUUGUGGACCAGGUCGUGGACCCUGGUGAAGCUGAUAUAAUUUACAGUAGAACCUGCUUUAGCAGUGUAGGUGACGUUAGCAGCUGUAGUUGUAGGAAGUUGAAUAGAAGCUGUGAUGGUUGUACAUAUUACUGUGUUUGUACUGUAGCAGUGUGUAUUAGACUAUACUCUUCAGUGUGUGCGUGCGUGUGUGUGUUUACACUCUUUGCCUGCUCUUUUUACACUUUGUACCCGACUAAACUUUUCCUAAUAACGUAGCUGAACUUUUUGUAUCUGCGACUUUGUUGUGCGCUUUUUCUUAGAGACUCGCGGAGUCCUGUGUGUUCCUCGACCAGAGGCUUUUAUUUUGGAGACCAGGGCUGAAUCACUCACUGUUUCCUUUAGAGAGGGGGGGGGGGGUGAUGGAUCAGUUGGAGGUGGAGGAUUUUGGAAACCGGCUCCUGGUCUGAACGAGAAAUAGUUUCUACAUGAACCAUGUCAGACACUGAGAGAGUUGCUGUUGUAUGUGUUGUACUGUAGACAGUGUUGUGUUGUGUUGGUGGCCUAUAAAGAGAGUGUGUUAUGUAAUACACCACAGCCUGGUCUCCUCCAUGUUGCCUUGCUAAAGCAGCUGCUUGUGCCCACAGUCCCUCUGUGCUCGAGUCCUUGAACACUGGAUCAGCUCAUCAACACUCUGAUCUCAGGCUGGUUGAACAAAGAUGAUUGUGUGUGUCACUUCCUGUUGUUGAGCAGGAAGAAUUCACUGUGACAAAACAGGAAACAUGAGCUUUAAUGAAGUAGAACUGUCACAAGAAGAAGACGGUUUAUAAAGAGCAGAGCUGUGUUGCUCUUCAACAGAGCACUGAGCCGUGAUGGAGACUCACGGCAGAUAAACUCUAAUCAGAUUUUUUUUUUAUUGGUCAGCUUCAAUAACACAAAACAAAACUCUGCUGUCUAUAUGAGCUUUCAUGAGACUGCAGAGAUCAGAGACAGGAAACAAGGGAGAGAGAUACCACACAGGUCCUCAGCUGGACUCUUAACAGAACAGUUGGCAUCUUGACUCUGAAGCCAUGGAGGCUCCAAAGACUCUAAUGUAGACCACCUGAGAUCUCAGCAGACAGACCUCCUCAUUAAAAUCCACUGGUAAUAACUGGUUCCCCUGCAGUCUUUAAAUCCAGACCUGGUUUCCAUCUUCCUCUAACGCUGGUGGACAGAUUUCUUUAAACUCUCAGAAGUCCAGUUUGGCUCUAAAAUGAAUCUUUUAUCAACAGUAGACUAAAAAACCUUCUUGAGGGUCUGUGUGGUGGUUUCAUCUCCUCCUCAUGGACGUGGUCUAGAAGCCCGUUCAGCACCCAGACUUUAUUCGGGACUGUACGCGCCUACAAAUGUGCCAAAUGUGCCAAAUGUUAAUGCUCAGAACACGUCUGUGUAGCAGAUACCCAGUGUAGUACGUACAGGACCAGGUUUUUGGACUGUUUUGGGGGGGGGGGGUUGGAGAGCAACACACAAGCUCAGUACACCAGACAUACAGCUCUUUGUGCAGCCAGACCCUGAGAGAUCAGUGCUGAAACAUGAACCAAUAUGUAGUCGCUCUGGUGGUCUCAGUUUUCUGUGGGGUACGUCUUUCUUAAAGUGGUUCAGACUUUGUGUUGUGUUCAGGGACUGUGAGCACCUAAUGAACUCACCUUGUCAUGGACACUCAGCACAGCUGUUAGUGAAGUGGCUCUUCUCUCUUUGCCUUACACCUGCACCGUCCCACGGGGACACGCUGCAGUAUUCAUCAAACACACCCCAGCUGUACCUGAGCACUAGCACCGCCCACGGCUCUCACCUCCCCUUGGGAGGGGGGGAUCACAGGUGUGGGUGCUGCUGAGAGCUAAACGUCACACAAAGCAAACACAACACAAAACUUCCUGUUUAGUGAAUGUAUGAAACACCUUCAUCUUCGUCUUCAUCAGCAGAAACAGACUCACCAAAGAUGAAGCUGAUUGAUUUGCCUUUAUGUGUCAGUUUGUAAAACGAGGACUGAACCUGAACCUGAAUGUAACACAUGACCUCGCCUGAGGUCACCUGAGGUCACCUGAUGUCUCAUUAAUAACCUGUCAUAUCUGUUCACUCAGACACACAGUGACUCAGUUCUUAUUGGCUCUGUGUUGAUGAUGAUGCUGCUGUAACAUCUGGAACACCUGUAAUACUGUUUGCAGGUGGUUACUGGUCUGGUACUGGUCAAUGAUGAAGACCAGUACAGUCUCAAGACCACCAACCACCACACAGUGGCUCACUUUGACCCUGGUCCCUGUUGCAGUUUAAUCCAGCUGUGGUCUUGGUCCAGGGUUUGGGAGGUUGUGGACUCUGGUGGGGGGGGGUUCUCCUCGGGGGUCUGGGAGACAGGUGACAGGUGUGUGUGGUUCAGCAGCAGCAGCAGGAGUCAGUGUACCUGGUCCAGGUAUCUGGAGGUGUUUUACAAAGCCUGUUUAAAAAAACUGGAGGUAGUCACGGCGAUAUGACCUGACCUGUUAGAUGGAGAAUCAGAGAGGGAUCAAUCUGAUCAAUAUUAAAUAUUCAUAUUUGAUCAUUAAUAACUUGCUAAUUUAUUGUAUGAGAGAUAAAUAAAAACCCUGCCAGCACCUGAAACCAGCACACCACUUAUUGUUAACCAGAUACACUGAUCCAGUUAAUUCUCAUCUCACUAACUGCACUUUCAGGUUUGUUUAAUCCUGGAUAUGAAGUUGUCUCUAAUAACUUAUUUUGAAAUAAAAAGUUGAAACCAGGAUUAGAUGUUAAAUGAUCAGCCGAUCGUUGAUCAUGGGAUCGGACUCCUGAUUGACAGUAGCGGUUCAUUCUUGCAAAAACAGGUCCAGAUCAAGUUUAGUUCAAGUCAAGAUCAAGUCGGGUUUGAGGGACUGAUAAAUUCAGGCUUGUGUUAAAUCAACACCAAUCAACUCAAGCUAACAGGAUCCUGGACUAGACUUAAUCUGGACCAGGACCAGGUUUUGCUCUUAAGGGCUGGUUCCAAGCCUGUGCCCUGAACUGAUGUCAGGCUAACUGAUGAUAAACCCAGAUUAUUGUGUAGAACAUCUGCUCAAUGUAGAUCACGACAAUUCACAUGACCCUGCUGCCACUCGGACUGUCCUCUCACUCUAGUGCCUGCCCCCACCCCCACCCCCACCCCCCCGUCUUUGUGAGGCUUCCUGUCUCGUACAACACAUACACACAGCACUCUCCUCUCAUACAUACACACACUCUAGAUGCAUGCUUUUCUCCACACAAUGACAGAUGUUGACACUGUCUCUCUGUCAGCUGGACAGUCUUCAUAGCUUGAAGUGUAAUAGUAAGCUCUGCUUUCUCUCUUUAUCCCACUAUGAUAACCCUGCUGAUGUGUUACAGGUUUGUGUUCGUGAUAUGAAACCAAUAAAGAAACUUUGAAAAGACAA